ACAUUUUCUGCACCCCCGAAACAAUCUUCAAAAGCGAGCUAAAAUACCAGAGCAGAGAGAAUUAUUCAUGGCUUCCAAGAAGGCUGUUGUCAUGACUGUGGCAGUGCUAGCUGUUCUGCUGCUAGCUUUGUCUGCAACAGUUUCUGCUAGACCUGAUGCUCAUGUCUUGGAUCUCUUUGACCUAUUAAGUGCCAGAAACCAUGUUUCUGAUAACUUUGUGAGAGUGGUGCGUGGGAAGAAUGAAGGAAAUAUGAUGGCAUGCUGUGACGCUUGCUAUUGCACUAAAAGCAUGCCUCCAAAAUGCAUGUGCGCAGACAUCUUCUCCGAUCCACAUCGAUGCAUGGGCUGUGAUCUUUGCAUGUGCACAAUGAGCUAUCCCCCACAAUGCAAGUGUCUUGAUGUUACAGACUGUUGCAGUCCACCAUGUUCCGCUGUUGCUACCGACUAAAUCGCCACUAUGUUAAGUACUAUAUAGGCUUGGCCAACUGCCUCAAUGGCUGAUGCAUAUGUUGAGGCUUUUAAAUAAUAUGUAAGCCAAGUCUUCCUAAAUAAAAAUGUUUAUGUUGGAAAUAAAAUCGACUUUGAUCUCAAAUAUUUUUCCUGUGAAUUAUGUUUGGGAUCAAUGCACCAUUCAAUCCUUGUUGGGAUUGAUAUAAAUGGAUAAGCUUAUAUCGUGUCUUCUAUAAAUUAUUAUUCUGGAUUAUUUCUUUA